UCCUUUUGCCUUUCAGGUUGUUCAUAAGUGCAUUGGGGUUUAGAGGGACUUGUUUUUGUUUAAAUAAAUGACAGCGGCUGGUAAUGCUCAACAAAGCCUUAGAAAAGCUCUUGGAGCUCUCAAAGACUCCACAACGCUUGGAUUGGCCAAAGUAAAUAGUGAAAACAAGGAGCUGGAUGUUGCUAUCGUCAAGGCUACAAACCAUGUUGAAAAGCUAGCAAAGGAUAAGCAUAUACGAAAAAUCUUUGAUGCGGUUUCAGCUUCAAGACCUCGGGCUGAUGUUGCUUACUGCAUUCACGCUCUUGCCAGGCGUCUUGCGAAAACACAUAAUUGGGCCGUUGCAUUGAAAACUUUAAUUGUUAUACACCGUGCACUGAGGGAGGUUGAUCCGACGUUUCGUGAAGAGCUUAUUAAUUAUAGCCGGAGCAGAGGUCUUAUACUGAACUUAUCACAUUUCAAGGACGAGUCUAGCCCAAAUGCAUGGGAUUACUCUGCUUGGGUUCGUAAUUAUGCUUUAUAUCUUGAAGAGUGCCUGGAAUGUUUCCGCAUACUGAAGUAUGAUGUCCAGACAGAUUGCUCGAGAACAAAGGAGCUUGACACCCUCGACUUAAUCGAGCAAUUACCUGCCUUGCAACAGGUUCUUUUUCGCCUUACUUCUUGCCAGCCAGAGGGGACAGCACGAUACAAUUACUUGAUUCAGUAUGCCUUUGCAAUUGUUGCAGCUGAAAGUGUUAGGAUUUAUGUAUCAAUCACUGAUGGAACUCUCAAUUUGGUUGACAAGUUUUUUGAGAUGCAGCGCCAUGAUGCUGUUAGGGCACUUAGUAUUUAUCGAAGGGCAGCGCUUCAGGCAGAGAGGUUAUCUGAGUUCUUUGAGCUAUGCAGGAGCCUUGAUUUUGGACGAGGGCAGAAGUAUAUCAAAAUUGAACAGCCCCCCGCAUCAUUUUUGGCAGCAAUGGAAGACUAUGUGAAGGAUGCUCCGCAAGCAUUAAUGCUUUCAGUAAAUCUUAAUGCUUUUGGUUUGGUUUGGUUAAAUUCAUUAGAAUCAUCCUAUACGUAUGAUUUUUAUUUUUAUUUUUAUUAUUCUGUACAAGAUCAAAGCGAUACCCCAAUCUACAAUGUAAGAUUAAGCUUAUCCAUUGAUUUUCCAAUAUUGAUUACAGUAAUGCUUUUAUGUUGCACCAAAGUAUUUCCUACGCGAGAGCAAUUGAAAGUUUGUGCUCAAUUUUUGUUAAUGCCUAGAGAUCUUUGCCAAUGGUUUUUCAUGUUCAUGUUUCAUCAGAACGAUGACGACAGGGGUGGUAGUCCUAAAGCGGUUGCUGCUUCUGAACCUGAUCUCGAAACUGAUCAUAAGCAAGAUAACGAUGAUGAAGAAAAAUCAGAUCCAUCUGUCACAUCACGUGAACUGAAUGCUCACAAUGAGGCUGAAGCCACACCACAACCACAAGUUACUGAUCUUUUGGGCUUGGAUGAGUUAACUCAGGUAGCAUCAGAAUUGGAUGAUAAAAAUGCCCUUGCUCUUGCAAUUUUUACCCCUGAAAAUCCAUCUAAUUACAAAAACAGUUCAACUUUGGCAUGUCAAUCUACUGGUUGGGAGCUUGCACUAGUUACAGCACCAAGCUCAAAUGGAGCUGCAGUUUCAGAGAGAACACUGGCUGGUGGGCUGGAUAGGUUAACACUGGAUAGUCUUUAUGAUAAUGCCAUUGCAAGCACGAACCAGAAUGGAGACUACCACACGGGGCAAAUGGCACCUAAUCCUCUCGAGGCUGUUCAUUAUACCCAAGACCAAUUUCAAGCUUCAAGCAACUUAGCACCGCCAACUAGUGUGCAGAUGGACGUCAUGGCUCAACAACAGGAAGCUUUAAUAGUGCAGCAGCAGCAGCAAUCCAUGAUAGGCUGUGAUCCAACAAAUCUAUUCGGGAAUCCCUUUGUUGAUGAGGGUGCCCGGACCAAUCCAUCUCAUACUUCCUACUCUGGCUUAAUUUAGACAAGUUGUGAUGCAGAAUGAUAUUUCAUCCAUGGUUGUAUAGUCAAGCGGUGGUAGUUAAAGCAGCAUUAGGGACUGACAAGUGAGGUACAAGUCUAAGAGGUUUUACAUAUAUGUUUUUUUUUAAUUAGGUUGCUCUUGUAUGCCUCCACAAAUUCGGUCAGUCCAUGUACAAAGACUAUGCCUUGUGGCUUUCUUAUGACUUGUGAUCCUCCUCCUUUUUUCCCUACAUGAUCCUUCUUGGCCAUGCCACAUUUAGGAGUAUUUUUGUAAACUGUGGGCGGAUGUGAUGUGGGGGAGCAUUGGCAGGGUACAGAAUGUCAUGAUCCUACAUUGUCUGAAAAUUGUUAAGUGCUAUAUGUAAGUUUUACACCUUUCUACGACACAAUGGUUUUAAAACGGUGA